AUGGAUGGGGACGCAAGCAUCCGACCAGCCGCCCUGAAAUGCCUUUGCGAGCGGCCCUUGUCUGAUGAAGCGGUACCGGACAUGACCGCGUUGCUCAAAAAUGCGGCCACUGGCAUUCGGCUAGCCGUAUUGGAAGCCGUGAGGGGACGAGUAUGGUGCAAUAAACCAUUUCAGGAUGUAGUCUCACUGUUCAAAGACGAAGACUCGAACGUCCGACGAGCCGCCGUCAAUGCCCUGAACGUUACGGUCUUCCGUUUCGACGAAAUGCUGAGCGAGGUGGCCUCACUGCUUAGAGACAAGUACAGUCGUGUUAGGAGAGCCGCAUUUAUCUUGCUAUGUCGAACAUCUGGCUUGCCUGAUCGAUUAAUUAGGGAAAUAUCGUCACGGGACGAGAAUAGCCAUAUCUGGAACGCAGCUAGUGAAGUUGAACCCUGCAACCUCGAGGCUGAGCUACGCUUGGCUGCAAUCCAAGAAGUAGCGCGGAGCCUCGGAAAUGAAUUGUUCUCAGAUAGGGUCAGGGUUCUUCAAUUACUGACUGAAUUGCCCGAGUUGCCGAAUGAUGUGAUUCAAAAGAUGGUGAAACUUCUUGAAGACAGGGAGAAUGUCGUACGACAUCAAGCCUGGGUUUCCUUGGAAAGGCAUCCGGAAUCAUGCCAAGUUCUUUUCAGUGGUCCUUUUGCCGCACAGUUCUACAAGCACUUACUCCGUCGAAGUUAUUUUGAGCAGUAUAUUUUAUACUUCGACCAUGGCAGUCUCUGCGCUGGUACCGCAGGAGAUGUCAGGAGAUUUCCCGCUCCGAACUGGCAGGAUAUCCUGGUCAGGAUUGGCGAUUUCCGGAUGCAGUUGCCAUCAGAAUUCCACAAGUGCAUAUGCAUCUGUGGCCGCGGCAAGCUUAGUCGAUAUGGGUUGACAGGAAACAAAAAUUGGGGUUGGUGCUUCGCUGAAAAAAACCGCGAUGCAAGAUGUCUGUACACGAUCGCUUCAAACGCGGUGUAUCCAUGA